CCCCACGCCAGAUCCGGGCCCCAAGUUGAAACUGUAAAGAUUUGGCUCCAUACGUGUUUUACGUACGCUCUACGCUCUUUGCGGAAGUCGCUGCUAGGUUAUAGCACGCGAUGAUGUGCACGCGCCGAGUGUCAAACCGCGGCACUUUCAAAGUUGAGGUGGCAGUUAGCUUCGGUUUUCCAACACGAUGUUCUACACUCAACUCCUCACGUCCAAGCGGGGGCCUCUAGCCAAAAUUUGGUUAGCAGCGCACUGGGAAAGGAAACUCACAAAGGCUCAUGUAUUUGAAUGCAAUUUGGAAACAACCAUCAGACACAUAACUUCUCCAAAGAGGAACAUUGGCUUGCGGACAUGUGGUCAUCUGCUCAUUGGUGUGGUCAGGAUCUACUCCAGAAAAGCAAAGUAUCUCCUUGCAGACUGCAACGAAGCCCUGGUUAAGAUGAAAGAUGCAUUCAGACCAGGUGAAACAGAUAUGCCGGUGGAGGGACUUGAGGCCACACUAAAAGCAAUUACCUUGAUUGAAGAUUUCACUGCCUUUGAUGCCCAGUUACCAGACCCAAGCAACAUAGAUGUUGUGGACCACUUUUCACUACAUCAGAGUCGAUCAGAGGAAAUUACCCUCAAAGAGGAUUUUGGAAAUGACUUUCUGAACUUGGUAGAUUUUGGUGAUGAGUCCCAGAGCCAUCAGAUUGGACUGCUGGAUAUGAGCUUCCACAGCCUGACUCACCACAGAGACACGUUUGGGGAUGAGGAUAAAGGGUUCGACCUACUCGACUUUCUAAUGAACAUCAGUGAUCAGGCUGAGUCCACUGACACCAUCCCAGAAGAGCCUCAAAAUGAAAAUCCAGAGACCACUGCGCUCAAUUAUCAACAAGUUGCUGACAGGAUGGAGGUGGAAACCCCCACGCUCAGUGAGACCACCCUGGUUGCUAAUGAGAAGAGGGCCUUUGUCCUUGAACCUGUGGCCACCACUCCAAACUCGGAGAAUAAGAGGGGGAACAGGAAACGCAGGUUGGUUGUGGACCAUACUAAAGAGCUGAGCAAUGAAUCCAUCAGCCAGCAGCUUUCGGACUUUUCAGAUCUGGUCGUCUCCAUGGAGAUGACCCCACCAACCCGGCAGCUCAUGCAGCUUAAAGAGAUUGGAGGUGCAGACAAACUCUUGGCACAGCCGUGUUCAACUGUAGUAAAUCCUCAGUUACAGGAGCUCUUUUCCAAGAUUAUAUUCAGGGUGAAAUGUGAUGGUGUGCGCGAGGAGGUUGAGUUGAUGCGCCAGGAUGAACAAGAAGUUCGCACAGACAUGAGCACCUUCACCACAGACAACGUCAGCGUCGACGAUUCAUCAGUAGAUCCUGAAAAAACACACAACGCCGAGCUGACGGCCCUCGAUCGUAUGAGCAGCAGUGCACUUGACAAUUCCUCAGAGUUCACACAAGAUGAAAACAGGUCGGAGUUCGCUCAUCCAGAACUUCCAUCAGAAGACUCCAUGUUUGUCCAUCCAUCUUUCGAGACUCAGUCGACUUCCGUCCACACUAAGUCUGUGCUGGACAGCCAGACCAUUGAGGACCAGAGGAUCACCAGGCUUGCACAGAAGCUUCUGAGCUCUCUAAAAAGGAACAAUGACACCACAUUCAGCCUGGAGGCACUCUGUGAAGGAGGCACUCGCUUGCAGGCUGCGACCACUUUCUUCUGUCUCCUGGUACUGAAAAAACAAAACGCCCUUCACCUGCACCAGAACGCACCUUAUGAAGACAUCUUUGCCACACCUGGACCCAAGUUCUAGGUGAUCUGCAAGAUCCUUUAAACUUAUUUAUUUUUUUUAUUGUCAUUUAAUAUCAACAGCUGCUGAUAUGCAGCAGUUAUUCUUGCGAUCUUUCGGGACUAAAAAUGUUCUUGAUGGUCGAUGUUUUGCACCAAGUUCCUCUUCUGUUUAUGAACACAAGAUUUGAAGAACCACGCAGUCUUUGUAACACAUGU